AUGGCGGUGUACCGCGGGCAGUACUGGGCGCUGCUGGAGGAGCUGCGCGCCAAGUACCGCCGAUUCUGCAUGCGCACGGGGGAGAGCGGAUGGAAAGAGCCCGCGCCCGCAGCAGGCGUGCAUCCUUCCGCCACAGGCGGAACAGGCGGAGCGGGAGAAGGCAGCGAAUUCACCUUUCCGCCUGCUUCACGCCCCCACGCGCUUCUUCCGCCUCCACCGCCUCCCUUUCCCCCCCCUUCCUCGAGAGACACGACCACACCUGCUAACACCAUCUUAACCGUUCCCCACCCCUUUUAUGAUCCCCUCCCGCUCUUCCCCUCACCUUUCCCCCCAUGCCCCUCCGCCCUCUGCCGUUUCCCCAGGGGAUCCAAUAGCGGGGCGCACCUGCCCUGCGGGCGCCCCGCCUUCCUUUCCCCCGUCCACACCUGCUUACACCAUCCCACAUCCCCCUCCUCCUCUCCCCCCCCAUUCUCCCCCUCCCUCUGCUGUUCCCCCAGGGGCUCCAAUAGCGGGGCGCACCUGCCCUGUGGGCGCCCUGCCUUUUCCGCCUUCUCCCCCGUCCUCUGCGCCCACCACCGCCACCUCAUCCCGCCAGCUCAGCAGCCCUUCCCACCACGUCACCGGGGGUAUCUGGAACCCGUUAUAGUGGAGGGGGGAGCGAGUCGGGGGAAGAGGGGCGGAGAGAAGGGCGGAAAGGGUGGGGGGAGGAAGCGGAGGAAGAAGCUGAAGGGGGGUAGGAGAGGCAUGGGCGACGGAGCAGGAGGGGGGGAUGGGGCGGGGGGAGGGAAGAAGCAGGUGGGCGUGCUUACACUGAGUGUGAUUAUUACGGAGAUGGGGGAGUGGGAUGGGACCGGGGAGGAGUAUGGAUAUGGGCAUGGGUAUGGGUACGGGCAUGGGUAUGGGUACGGGCAUGGGUAUGGGUACGGGCAUGGGUAUGGGUACGGGCAUGGGUAUGGGUACGGGCAUGGGUAUGGGUACGGGCAUGGGUAUGGGUAUGGGUACGGGCAUGGGUAUGGGUAUGGGAAGGGGUAUGGAUCCAAACAAUAG